AUGGCGUGGAGAGAAAAUCUUUCAAAGAACAUAAGGGAGCUUCGGUUUUUGAUGUGCCAGCCAUCACCUGCAAGCUCAUCUGCAAGGACAUUUGUGGAAAAGAAUUAUAAGGAACUCAAGACAUUGAACCCAAAAUUGCCAAUACUGAUCCGCGAAUGCAGUGGAGCUGAACCCCAAUUAUGGGCAAGAUUUGACUUUGGUGUUGAGAAAGACAUCAAAUUGGAAGGCUUGUCUGAGGCACAGAUCUCCAGGCACUUGAAGAUCUGGUGA